AUGGCGUGCGAUAGCGGCGCGCUGCUAGGGGUUUCCGGGGUCUUGCUGCAGGCGCUGGUGGCCUUCUGCUUCUGCGGCACCCUCGUGCUGAAACGAUUUUGUGAACCAAAGGAACAGAGGCGCCCUUGGAAGAUAUGGUUUUAUGAUACCUCCAAGCAAGCUGUAGGUGCUGUCUUCAUCCACUUUGAAAAUGUUUUACUGUCAAGUCACACAGAAGGGGACCCUUGCUUUCUCUACCUUCUUAAUUUCAUCCUUGAUACCACACUGGGGAUGCUGCUGAUCUGGCUUUGCUUGAAAGUUGUCUCCUGGAUUGUACAGCACAAGAAGUACACACUCCUGGUCUUUGGAGAAUAUGGGGAUCCUCCACAAGUUGCUGCCUGGGUUUGCCAAUGUAUCCUCUACUUGCUGAUAAUGGGUUUUGAGAAGGCUGUGAUUACCUUUGUCCUGUUUAUUCCUGUUUGGGAAAAGCUUCAGCAGAUCCUCCUGGGUUAUGUAUCAAACACCGAGCUGAAGCUCACCCUGGUCGUGUUCGUUGUGCCUUUUAUAGUUAAUGCCAUUAUGUUCUGGACUGUGGACAGCUUGAUCAUGAGAAAAUACAAGCAGAAGGACACCCUGAACAUCAAUGGAUCUAUGAAAACUCCUCAGGCUAAGAUGACUGAGGAAUCUCAGGCAUUAAUAUCUCCAGAUGCGGAUUUUGAUCAGUCAGAAAGUGACCAGGAUGUUUCAGGACCCCUGGGAACAAGCCAGAAGAUGAAGCAGCCCAGCUAUCAAGUAGUCAUCUGAUGCCCUGAGACAAAGGAAGUGGAAGAAAGGGAAGCAGCACUGUGAUCCUUGAGCUGGCCAAGGAAGGGCAGACUGGGGAAUGAUAAUUGAUGCCCAUGGAUCUGCAGAGAUCCUUUUUCCCUGUCUCAUCUAGAUCUAUCUGUCUGCAGUUGUCUCUUUUUUUGGGAUGGUGUCUGUGCAUCCUGUACAGGCUUGAGCAGUAUCUGCUUUACUUGUCUGACCCUAACCUGUACACAUGCAGGCACGUUGAGGUUGGGGUGUGGAUGGGUGCUUCCCCUGGCUGGGCAGCUGGGUGUAACGUCUUGUCAGGGUUAGAGACUGAAAUCAAAGGAGUGUCUGUUUUGG